AUGACCUUACUAGAGAUAGGAGUAGGUGAAGAGACUAUACACAAACAAUGGUGCCCUGUAGUCCCGAAUAGCUACCUUGACGCUGACGUCUUACUCGGGACAGACAUACUUUCACAAGCUCCUUUUCAAUGGAAUGGUAAGACAAAUACAGUAAAGUGGGGUAAAACCACAUACCUUGUUAAUCAUAUCAAAAGGCAGAAAGGCAAGGUGGAACGAGUUCACGAGGUACCUAUUCUUCCUACCACUCCCAGUCAAACAGAACACAUCCGUCUAACUCAUACCAUCAAACUUGAUCCCUACCGAGCUCAGUUUCUUCCUAUCUCGGUGAAAGAAAACCCAGGAGAAACUUUGUUAGUCCAGCCUCAGCCAUGUUUAACGCCUAAUCAUCACCCCUUGAUUGUGACAGUAGAUGAGAAUAAAAAGGUCCCCCUCCCAUUUACGAGUAUUAAUGAUACUAAGGGCCGGAAAACAAUCAAACCAGGAACCCUAUUAGGCACUUUUGAAAACAUCUCCUCCCCGACGAUCAAAGUCAUCCACCAAAAGCAAGCCACUCCUUCCCUAGAAAUCCACAAUGAUCUGUUGCCACACAACGACCAAACAAGGUGUCAGGAAUCAAAGAAGCCUAGUCGUGGUCCUAGGUACCGAUACCCCGAGGAAGCAAAAACCCUGAUAUCAAACAUGUUAACAGAUAUGGAGAACAGAGAUAUCAUUGAAAAAUCUACAUCUGCAUGGCUCUCUCCUAUAGUAUUAGUCAAUAAACCGGAUGGAAAUCAUCAGCCCCUUACUAGUAUAUUCAAAAGAAAGACCAAAUCUGCCAGGAUGAACCGCUGGAUACUAGAGAUGAGAGAAUACCAAUACAACAUCCAAUAUGUGAAGGGAAAGUAUAACUACGUGGCCGAUCAGCUCUCUCGCCCAGUGAGGAUCAUUCAGCGAUGUCCUACUCCAAACUAUUUAGGCCUGACUUUAGAACAAAUCAAGAUUCAACAAAGGGAAGAAAUUAAGUGGAGAGACAUGAUAGAGUAUCUGGAAGGAGGGUCUAUACCUACCAAAAAGUAUCAUAAGAGUAUAUUGCACCAGUUCACUAUAAUUGAUGAGUUGCUGUACUACGCUAAGGAAAACAUUGAUGGCAGCAUUCAUUAUUCAUUGGUAGUUCCUCAGGUUCUGAUUCCUAAAGCUUUAGAACAUGCACAUGAGCUUUCUGGCCACCUGGUGUUAGUGUGGCACUACUCCUGCACAAUGGAGGAUUUGUUGUGUUUGGGUGAUGUUGAUGGCCAAGGUGUAGCUGGGGUUAAAGUUGAGUGCAAGGAGGAGAGCAGGGAGGUGGAAGUGACCCCAGAGGUAGUUGAUAAAUUAAUCAGUAGCAAUGCUCAGUUAUCCCAAGCAGUGGCACAACUGUGUAAUAAGUUUGACCAAAUGGGGCACAUGCAAAACAUGGUGUGGUCACGUCCUGUGCCCACUAUUGGAAAAUUCUCUGGAAGGGUACGGAGGGCCAGUGAGUUGGAUGACUGGGUAGAGGAUGCCACAGAGAAAAUAAAGCAGCUGGGAUUACAGGGCUCUGAGGGAGUGUCAUACCUGUGUGGGUUCUUGGAAGGCCCAGCCCGUCGAAGGGUCCGCAACAGUACUGUGAAGACUGUGUCUGACCUUUUUGAUUGUUUGAGGUCUGCUUUUGGACCAGAACUGAAUUAUACAGACUUAGAAAAACAGCUGCAUGCUCGGGUUCAACAGCCAGGAGUUGGUGUCCAAGACAGCGGGAAACGGGAGUCCUUGAGAACAAGGGGCCAGCUCUCAAGGCCUGACGACAGGGCCCCCACUACAGCUCAGAUAAGGAGUGUGACUAAUGUGACCGAGGAACGGAAUGAUGUAAAAAGAGGGAAAGUUAAGUUGUUUGGAAAGACUCUGAGGAUAGAUGCGUUGGUGAAUGGUAUACCUGUAAGUGCUAUGGCUGAUUCUGGUGCUGAGGUCAGUCUGGUGACAGAGGAAUGGUACAAACAGCACCUCCUCCCCAAGCAAGCUGUGAUCUAUGGGAUGGACAUUCGGAUUACAGAUGCAAAUGGGAGGGAAAUUCCCUGUUUGGGUUAUGUGAAGGUGAAUGUGGAAAUUGAGGGAAAAAGUGUUAAAGACUGUGGACUUUUUGUGAAAGGUGGUGGUGGGGAGAGUGGUGUGGUGCAGGGCACUACAUUGCCAGUGUUGUUUGGGAUGAAUGUGUUGAAGGGAGCCGUGCACCUGGGGCUAACUGAGAAGUGGGGCAGGUGUGUUCGUGCCAUUGAGGCAAAAUUGAGGGUGACACAACAGCCUCUGGGGUUUGCUGUAAUUCAGCAGCAACAGGAUUUAGUAAUCCCGGCUGGUACCAGAAGAAUAAUGAGAGUGUUUGUGGAAAGUUUACAGGAAGUAGAUGUAGAUAGUGUGGUGUUGGAGCCCUUAGUGCCUGGUGAGGGCUACUGGGUGCCUGAAGGUUUGUGUAUAUUUCCCAGUUAUACCAGAGUGGUUAAGGGUGAAGGAUGGCUGUCAGUGGGUAACCUGGGACAAGCAGAUGUGCAAUUCAGGCCACAGUGGAAGGUAGCCAAAGUUUCUCAUGGAAGGGAGGUUACUGUGGGAAGAGCUCACACACACACAGUAGCUCAGACUGCACCUCCUUCAGUGGUUAAGGAGUUCAAGGACAGACUAGGGGUGCAGGUGGAUGAGAGUCAGCUUGAUUCAGCACAGUUGGAGAGACUGGAUGGAUUGAUCCAUGAGUACGGAGAUGUGUUUGCUGAAAACGAGCAGGAUUUGGGAUGUGCUACUGGAGUGGAGCAUGAAAUUCACCUCAAUAGUGCAGUGCCCAUUCGCCUUCCAUACAGACAUAUUCCUCCCCCAUGUAUCACUGAGGUUAAAGCUCAAGUAAAGGGACUGUUGGAACAGGGAGUGAUAGAGGAGAGUGUGAGCCCAUAUGCAGCCCCAAUAGUGAUGGUGAGGAAGAAAGAUGGUUCGCUGCGACUUUGUGUUGAUUAUCGAAGGCUGAACGAGGUGACAGUGAAAGAUGCCUUCCCAUUACCAAGGGUACAAGACACACUAGAUGCAUUAGCCGGGGCGCAGUAUUUUUCUUCUUUUGAUUUAGCUGCAGGUUAUCAUCAGAUUCUUGUGCGGGCAGAAGACCGGCCCAAGACUGCUUUUGUAACACCAUUUGGCCAUUAUCAAUAUGUGCGCUGUCCUAUGGGGUUAUCCAAUAGCCCAGCAACAUUCCAAAGGUUUAUGGAGUAUGUGUUUAGCGAUCAGGUUUUUGUGACUCUUUUGGUGUAUCUGGAUGAUUUGUUGGUGUUUGCUCGGAGUGUGGAUGAGCAUCUGGAUAGACUGGAGGGAAUGUUGAAGCUUUUGAGGAAACAUGGGCUGAAGUUGAAACCUUCCAAAUGCCACAUACUAAAGCCCCAGGUUAGGUACCUUGGAUUUAUCAUUUCUAAGGAGGGAAUUAAUACAGACCCAGAGAAAAUACGGGCUGUACAGGAGUGGCCAGUUCCGCGCACUGUUAGGGAGGUCAGGGCAUUUGUCGCAUUCUGCUCCUUUUACAGAAGGUUUGUGAAAAAUUUUGCGAAGGUGGCUGCUCCGUUGCAUGCUUUGAUGAGUGGUGAUUCUAAGGCAGCAGUGAGUGAUUAUUGGGGGAAGGAUGAGGCCAGAGCAUUUGCCUUGUUGAAAGAGAAGUUAAGUCAGGCUCCAGUGUUGAAAAGUGCAGAUUACAGCAAGCAGUUUGUGGUGGAGACAGAUGCUAGCUUUGAAGGACUGGGAGCAGUUUUAUCUCAGGAGCAUGAUGGGAGGUUGCAUCCGGUGGCUUUUGCAAGUAGAGGUCUCAGAAAGUCAGAGCGGAACAUGAGCAAUUACAGCUCUAGGAAGUUGGAGCUGUUGGCUCUGAAGUGGGCAGUGACAGAGCAGUUUAAGCACUAUCUGGUGGGUGGACAUUUUAUAGUGCUGACGGAUAAUAAUCCACUGGCACAUUUGAACUCUGCCAAGCUUGGGGCAGUGGAGAGUAGGUGGCUGGGUGACUUGGGAAGGUUUGAUUUUGAGGUGAAAUACCGGCCAGGGAAGGAGAAUGGUAACGCGGAUGGAUUGUCGAGGAGGCCCCAGGAAUUGAUUGAGGGAGGGGAGGAAGAGAAGGAGAUAUGGGAAACCAGUCCUAACACCUCGGUGAAAGGGGUGGCUGUGAUGCAGGUAUGGCGUGGUGCCAGUAAGGAGCAGCUUAGGGAUAUGCAACAGUCUUGUCCAGUUGUAGGGAAGUUGUGGAGACAAAUGAUUGGUAGAGUGAGGCCAGCAGAACUAAGGCAGUUGCUACAAGUAGAGGAGUUUAGGCAAUGGUGGAGAGUGAGAGGGUCCCUCAUUAUGAGGCAUGGGGUGAUCUACUGGCGUGGAAGGGAGACAGAUUCUAGGAAGUGGAAAGUGGUGUUGCCAGUGAAUCAGAGACAAGAAGUGCUUAAAGCCGCUCAUGAUCAGUGGGGUCAUCAAGGGGUUGCUAGAACAACGUCACUAGUGAAGGAUAGGUUUGCUUGGCCAGGACUACAUGAAGACAUCAAAUUGUAUGUGGCAAAGUGCAAAGUCUGUGUCAUGGGGAAGGAGGAGGGUGUGCGGGCCAAGACUAAGUUGGGUACGUUGGAAGCCAACCGCCCCUGGGAAGUGUUGGCUGUUGACUUCACUUUGCUGGAUCCGGCCAGGGAUGGCAAGGAAAAUGUAUUGGUGGUGACGGAUGUGUUUAGCAAGUUUGCCCUGGCCUUUCCUACUAAAAACCAAAAGGCAAGCACAGUAGCCAAGAUCUUGGUGGAGGAGAUUUUUCACCGUUUUGGUUGCCCAGAAAGGGUACAUAGUGACCAGGGUAGGAAUUUUGAGGGAAAGUUAGUGCAGGAACUAUGCAAGUAUUACCAUGUAGCCAAGUCUCGUACCACCCCGUAUCACCCUCAAGGAAAUGGGAUCUGUGAGAGGUUUAACCGCACCUUACAUGGGAUGUUAGUUACCCUUGGUCAGGAACAACGGGAGCAUUGGCCUAGGCACUUGUCAAGCCUCACUGCCAUCUAUAAUACCACACCCCAUGCUGUCACUGGUUUUUCACCCCAUUAUUUGUUAUUUGGUGUGGAGCCCCAUUUACCUUUGGAUAGGUUCUGUGAGGAAACUGAUAGUGAGCCUACUAACCCUAGCAUGUGGAUUAGGAAGCUCAGAGAGACACAGGAGGCUGCUUGGAAAGCAGCUAAGUUGAACAUCAAGAGUUACCACAAUACCAAUAGGUGGAAGCGUCAGGAGCAAGGAAAAGCAGAGCCAUUGAGGGUGGGACAAAGAGUGUUGCUAAGGGACAAUGCAGUACUAGGUAGGAGGAAGAUUCAGCCUAAGUUUGCAGCUGAGGUGUGGGAAGUUGAGGAGGUGUUGGAUGGGGUGAGUGGGGUGUAUAGGGUCAGACCAGAAGGUGAGUCCGGCUGUAGUAAGGUGUUACAUCGCAGUAACUUGCGUCCUUGGAAUGGCAGUGAGGGCCAUGCAGGGACAAGUAAUGAAGUGCCAGCAGGGACAAGUAAUGAAGGGCCAACAGAGGAGGAAGAAGUAGAAAUGCCAGAUAUGACAGAAGUGUUAAAGCGCUUUGGGUUUCCAGAACCGGACUCAGAGGAACAAGUGGACUCAGUGGUUGAGCAGGAGGGAGAGGAUGCCCUAGGGCCUGGUGAAGAGCCAGAUGAACAGAGUGGUGAAGGCUCAGAGCAGGUUAAAGGGGUUCAGGCCCCUCAACUCAGGAGGUCUAGUAGGAUUGCUGAAAGGGGUGCAACGGGUUCGUCUUGUGUUGGCUGUGGGGAUUGUGCAUGAGGGCAUGCACAAAGUUCAGGGGGGGUGAGUGUAAGAAGUUGAAGUGGGCGCGCCUGCGAGAGGCUCACAGACUAGUCAGCGAGUCCCGCCAAAACGAGUCUUAAGGCCCUGGAGGUUUGUUGUUGUGGGAAUUUUGGCGGGAGAGGCGAGCGAGAGAGAGACAGGGUGCAGAGUAGUGGUGGAUUUGCCAUUUGAUUUGCAGGGUGGUGAUUUGUACGCUUGGUUGGCAGGAGUUUGGUCUUGGCAGUGUGCUGUGGGACGUCAGUGAGGUGGCACCGUAGCAGAUACUGUGAACUAGGAGGCUGCAGUGAGGAACUUGCUGUCCCUGGCUGCUAUGGUGUUAGUACCGCCGUGCAUGGAGGAAGAGCUGCAGUACUUCAGGGUAGUGGUAGUGGCGUACCUUCAGCGCGUUGGGUCGGUGUGCGGUUGGGCCUAUAGGGUGUGAGGGUCCUGGGGGUACUGGUUAGGGUGGGACUGUCAGUGGCAUAUAACAUUUCUUGUGUUGGUGCGUGAAGUGUUUAUUUCUCCUGUUUAUUUGUAUGUGGAUUUACCCAUUUUCUCAUGGGAUCAGGUAUUUUGGAGUGCCAGCAGUGUGGCCUCUAAGAGUGUUAAGCACUCAUAUUUUAUUUGUGUUUUCUUUAUUAUGUAUU